CUCUUUUCCAAAUUAUCCGGACAGCAACAACUGGGGGCAUGGCAUAAGACAAGCAACCUUUAAGGAAGGCAGAUGGAUAACUUCGUGUUGUGUCGGGUCAUGUCAUAUGUGUUCUCUCUUAGUUUGUAGGGAACUGAUUUUGCAUGUACUUGACCCAGUUGCUUUGGAAAACCCAUAAGCUGAAUAAUAUACAUCCAGUUGUUUCGUUGGUUCUCUCAGUCUCAGCUCUGUCUCAGCUCUUACUAUGCUAGAUCUUUGAUGCCAAUCAGCCAUAGCUCUCUUGGAACGAAGGUUCUCAUGGACGGUUUUGACUUACUACUCGGAAUGUUGGAAGUUGAAGAUUGAAAUGAUUGAGGACAUGAUAAUCUAGGCAAAACCUGAAUUAUUGUGAAGCAUAAGUGAAAACCGAAGAUAGAUAGCAAUAACAUACGUGUAGAGACCUUUCACUCAGAGUAGACUGGAUGAGUUUAGGAGUAAUUUGGAUAGCUGUGGAGAGUUCUUUUGUUUUUUUAGCCAAAAGAUAAGUGUGGACGGAAGUUUGUUUUGAAUGUAUUCUCUCCUCCUUUUAGAAGAUGUGUUCUUGGGAGGAACUUCGCACGAAUCUUUUCUUCACCGUCAAAUUGCCUGGAUCGUUGUCGUUGAAAGCGAACGAAAUCUGUCGGGAAGCUUGAGUAGCUGUCUUUGGGAACAAAUUGUACUCACCUCUAAGGUUUGAUAUUCUUUAGAAGCUUGAAAAGGCAUCAUCAACUCAAAUGGUCAAUUUCUAAAAGUUGCAUUGUCGUGACAUGAGAAUAGAUUUGAUGAUAAUAUGGAUAACCAUCAUAUUCUGGGGAUGAGGCGCACUAGCAAGAUGCCAAGAGCUUUAGAAACUAGUAGGAGCUAGCAAAACUAGGACAAAGAUUGGUUCGACGAGGAGCAGUAGCGACUGUGCUGAAAUUAUGCGCUUGCGCGAGUGAAACUCAUGCGGAGUGCUGCUUUCCCGGCCACCUCAAUCCUUCCUAAAUAGAAAGACACACAAAAUAACAUGCCCUUCUUCUCCAUUACCACUUUAUUUUGUUCUUUUUGGUGUCUUUUGAUGUUGCCGACUCAAUGUCCCUUCAUUCACAUUCGAGGUGAGGUUGGGAAGAACAAACAAAUGUUCUUUUUAGCCUCUGUCCUCCUCGUUUUUCCACGGAAUACACGCACUUGCAACUCUUGAAACUUUUCCCACAACUGCAAGCAUGAUUCAGCGGAAUCUGGAAAGUUGUCCGAGUCAGUUCUGAAUUUAGGAUGUCGUUCAGGUGAGUGUAGAAGCUGCUUGGUUGAAACCCAUUACUCCCCCGUGAACGAACAACUUUGUACCAACAAAUGCAUCAUGCCAAACUCAUGCCUAUCUUGCGUUUCUCCUUCCCUAUAAGAAACUCAGCUCGCUACUCCCUUCCCAAUGGGCACAUCCACCAUGGGCACUUACAUCAAGGACGCGGCGCACGGCGAAGAGCACAUCUUCAGGAGCCAGUACCCUGCAGUCCCUAUCCCGAACUCCACCCUUCCGGAUUUCGUUCUCCGUGGUGCCGAACUGUAUGCUGACAAGGUGGCGUUUGUGGACUCCGUGUCGGGGAGAUCGUACACUUACGCCGAGGUGGUUAGGGACACCAGGAGGUUCGCUAGAGCAUUAAGGUCGCUCGGUCUGAGGAAGGGGAGGGUGGUCAUUGUGGUGCUGCCGAAUGUCGCUGAUUAUGGAAUCGUUGCUCUCGGCAUAAUGGCAGCCGGUGCUGUGUUCUCGGGUGCCAACCCGACGAUGCAUGCUUCGGAAAUCAAGAAGCAGGUGGAGGCUGCCGACGCCAAGCUAAUUGUGACAGAUGGACCAAAUUAUGAAAAGGUGAAAAGCUUUGGCCUUCCGGUCAUCGUGCUGGGCGGAGAGCAAAUAGAUACGGCCACAAACUGGGAUGAUUUGCUCAAAGCAGGAGACCGUGCAAGCAUCAGUACAGUUGAAGAAGAUGUCGACCACAACGAUCUGUGUGCCCUCCCUUUCUCUUCGGGUACCACGGGGAUCUCAAAAGGCGUGAUGCUAACUCACAGGAACUUGGUGGCUAACCUGUGCUCCACGCUCUUCAGCGUUCCGCCCGAAAUGGUGGGUCACGUCACAAUACUCGGCCUGAUUCCGUUCUUUCACAUAUAUGGUAUUACCGGAAUCUGCUGUGCCAGCCUCAAGAAUAAGGGGAAGGUCGUGGUCAUGAAUCGGUUUGAUCUCCGGAGCUUUCUCAAUGCUCUCAUCACACAUGAGGUCAAUUUCGCGCCGAUUGUGCCUCCGAUUAUAUUGUCUCUGGUAAAGGACACAAUAGUAGAUGAGUUCGACCUCAGCAAGCUCAAGCUCAGCGCCAUAAUGACUGCAGCGGCCCCACUAGCGCCGGAGAUUCUCUCUGCUUUCGAGAAUAAGUUCCCAGGAGUCCAGGUUCAAGAGGCAUACGGGCUAACCGAGCACAGCUGCAUAACGCUCACCCAUGGGGACCCGAGAAAAGAUCACGGCAUCGCGAAGAAAAAUUCAGUGGGGUUUGUCCUCCCAAAUUUGGAAAUCAAGUUCAUCGAUCCAGAGGACGGCCGAUCUUUGCCUAAGAACACGCCUGGGGAAUUAUGCGUCAGAAGCCAAUGCGUGAUGCGAGGUUACUACAAGAACGAGGAAGAGACAUCGAGGACCAUAGACAAGGAUGGGUGGCUCCACACGGGUGAUAUAGGGUACAUCGACGACGACGGAGAUGUUUUCAUCGUCGAUCGCAUCAAGGAGCUGAUCAAGUAUAAGGGUUUCCAAGUCGCUCCGGCUGAGCUAGAGGCAAUUCUCCUUACUCAUUCCUCCGUCGACGAUGCAGCGGUAGUUCCGCUUCCCGACGAAGAGGCGGGAGAGAUCCCGGCGGCGUGCGUCGUGCUGAACCCCGGCGCCGAGGAAAGCGAGGACGACAUAAUCGCCUACGUCGCCUCCAACGUCGCGGGCUACAAGCGAGUGAGGGCGGUGCAGUUCGUGGACAGCAUCCCCAAAUCUCCCUCGGGGAAGAUCCUGAGGAGGCUCCUGAGGGACAAGAUGAUGCAGCACAUGCAGAUGAAGAUCAAGACGAGGGCAGCAAUCCUACUCUGAAAGCGACUCGCGCCCUC